AUGUCUUUUUCUGCGCAACUUUGCACUCUUUCUCUGUUUCCUGAAGAAGCCGGAGAUGUGAGGAGGAUGAUCGAAGAAGAACAUCAAAGGGUAGAGAAAAUGGCCAAAAUAGUAAGUCUUGUGGGUUGGGAGAAAACAGCUAUGGAGGAGGAGUUGACACAAACUAGGGAAAUCCUCCUGCAAGAAGAAGAACUAGAAGACCCUCACUUGGAAGAAGAGAAUGUUGUAGAUGGUAAUAAUUAUGAAUGGACAAUUAUCAAGACUCUUUUCAAGAGUGAUGUAAACAGUUCGUCUCGCUUGCUUCUUGGAAAGGUAGAGAUCGAAACACACAUUGUCCCCUACUUGAACCAUGAAGAGCAAGACUCACUGUUGUUGGGGUCUCCUCAGGGGAUAGGGAUCCAAAUGUUUGAUGUGGAAAGACAGCAAGCCUUUACCCUCACUUUGAAGAAGUGGAACAGUACUGGAAGCUUCGUUUUCACCGGCCAUUGGCGGAAGGAUUUCGUCAGGCCGAGGGGAUUGGUUCAAGAUGACCAGAUUGGUCUAUAUUUUGACCCACAAAAUCGGAGACUCUGCUUUCGUCUACUCCGCAAAGCUCCACAUGCUCCUCCUGCACCUGCUGUUGCAUGA